UGAUGAUCUCUUCUUACUGUUUUGAAUAUGGACAACGUGAAAGUAGCGAGCGCGGCAGCAUAGUAAAGGCGGAAAAAAUAGCUCAAGCUAGAUUAAAUAAAACAGAAAAUAAUUUUGUUUGUGGAAAUUAAAAUAUUUUUUGAAAAUAGUGAGAUUUACCUACAUAUAAAUUGUGAAAAAUAAAUCAAAACAAUCAAUAGCAAAAACCUCCAAUUUUCUAAAUAACACGUUGCCGGAAAAUUGCUUUUAAAUCACGAUACGAUUUAACAACCGUGUGUUUGUCGUCAGUUGCAUUAAAAUAACAUUUGCCAGGUUUCCGUUUCCUUUCGUGUCGAACAUUUGUCAUAAUUAAACCUUUUUGCCAUCGUCUCCCACCCAAUUGUGGUUGGUGUUUCGUCAGUGAUUACAAAGCAUUUAUACUGUAAAAAAAACGAAUAUUUGUGAGUGAAUUUAACAAAAGUACAUUGACUUCGUCGGCUUAGUGAAACUCCUCAUCAUCAGCAUAUAAACCAAAUAUUUGGAUUACAUUGGACCAAAGAUUCCCCAGCGUGAGUGUGUGGCUAUAAAAAUCGCAGCACAACUGUUCUAAAUGCUCUAAACAAAGUUUGUCUACAGCAUACAUUUGCGGAAAAAGAAGAAAAAAACCAAGAAAUUAAAAUUUUGCAAACAGAGUUGUUGAACUUUUGCAAAAGUACCAAAAUAAAACAAAGAAUAACCAAAAAAACCUUGAUUGAAUAACCUUGCGUGGAGAAGGGAUAGCCAAGGCAACAAACAAAGCAUCAUAAAACGUAAACAAUAUGGCCGAUGAUAUCUCAUCGAUGCGCAUGAUGCAGAAGAAGACGCGCAGUGCUUCCAUAUGUGCCACCGGUGGCAGCAUAGAGACCGUGAUAUACAACAUGCCGUCGGGCAACAAUACCCCGGACAGUGCGGGCACUCCCAACUAUCGAAGACGACGACCUGCCACACGUUCACAGAGUGCCCGCAUAACAGCGACUGCGGGCAGAUCGGUACGACGACGUCCCCAAGUGCAGCAACCCAUGCAACAUAAUUUACAGGAAACACGUUCGUACUGUACCAGUGAGCCACGCCUUAGUGAGACGGAAACACCGCCACAAAGACGAAAACUAUCACAGAGACAUCGGCCACAGCAACACCCGCAGCGAAAGUCCAAUGCAUUUCUCGAUGUGCCCACCAUGAAUAUGCAUCACUUGAGAGUCUCCGAUGAUGAGGAUUUGGAUCGUUUGCGAACGUUUAGUGCUUCAAAAGGAGGUAUCAUCAAUCGGGGCGAUUCCUUUCGUCGACGCCGUUCGCGCAGUAAUAGUUUGGCUCCAGUCAGUCCCAUUCAUCCACGCAUAGGAGCUUUGGCCGGCUGCACGGACAUGGACAUGGGCAUGCAGGAGGGCGGCGGCCAUGCCCCUGCCCAGGUGGAAGUGUUUCAUGUGGAGAUGUUGGGAGCAGCGGGUGCGGGAAAACAGUCAUUAGUUUCACAAUUUCGCACUUCAGACUGUAUUAAUGCGUACGAUGGUCCAGAAUGUGAUGAAAAUGAACAAAAUAUUUCAAUUAUUUUAAAUAAUAUUGAAUCGGAAUUGAUGUUCAGAAUAAAUGAACGUGAAACUAAGGAAGAUUUGGAAAAGGCGGAUGCCUACUUGGUGGUCUACUCCUGCGUGGAUAAGGAAUCAUUUACACGCGCCAAACAGAUUCUAUCACGUCUUCAAGAUAUGGAUUUAAUUAGGACCAGACCAAUUAUUUUGGUGGCAAAUAAAAUCGAUUUGGCGCGGUCACGUGCCGUCUCCGCCCAAGAUGGCAAAUGCUUGGCCUGUACAUUUGGAGCAAAGUUCAUUGAAGUUUCGGUGGGCAUCAAUCACAAUUGUGAUGAAUUGCUGGCGGGCACUUUAACGCAAAUUCGUUUGAAAAAGGAACAGAAUCGCAUACAGCCCAAAACGAAAAAAUCCAAAAAUAAAUCUAAAGAUAAACAAAAUUCGAAUACAAAUUCGAAUUGUGACAAUAGAAAUCUUGAAAAUGACCAAGGCGAAAAGUCAUUGAAUGAUAAAAACUCAGAAGUAAUGGGCAACCGUGACACCUCCCCCUCUCCAGCGCAUUGGUAUAAGAGUCGCAGUGUUAUGAUGGCCAGCAUGAAGGCACGCCAAAUGUUAACAUGGAUUUUGGGCAAGGAAGAUUCCAAAUUUAAGAAUUGUGAAAAUCUGCAGGUUUUGUAAAAGAAAAACUAAAACCAAGAACCAAAAACCUAAAACCAAAAACAACAAGGAAUCUAAAGGAGUAGAAGAACCACAAUAAGGGAAAAAGGACAACAAUAAAAUGAAAACAACAAGAAAAAAAUACAGGAACCAAAGAAUAAAACCAAAAAAAAAAGAAGAAAUACAAACUGUAUGUUGAUAGAAAGCCUGCCUUUCUUUAUUAAAAAAAAAA